AAAGCAGACAAACCGACUGAUUUAAAAGUGCAGCUUUAAUCAACAUACUGAAACAAAAUGGCAGCUGACAAGAUUCCACCGGAAGCAAGAGAUCUCCAUAACAAACUAAUCACCGAUCUUCAUGAUUUCAUUAACUCUCAGGUAGAUGCUCACGAUUUCGAAAAGGUAAAACAUCGCUUAAAGUUGAAAUUACCUCCCUACGCAAUAAUGAACUGCAACAAUGUACUGGACAUCGUGGAGAAAUUACAGAAAAGAGGACUCGUGAAGCCCGGGCAUUAUGAUGAUUUCAUUAAACUCAUUGAAUGUAUAGACGUUACUUGGGUUGAUGAGAUCAAAGAAAAAGCUGAGGAGAUAAAAAAUAUAAUCACCGAGGCAAACAGACCCCAGGUAGCUGAGAUGACAAAGGAAAACGAAAAGUUGGAUAGUAAAAAACGAAAAUUAGAAGAGAAUGACCAAGAACCUCAGAUUGAAAGUCAGGAUGGACCAACCCAGAAAAAAGGAGCACAUUCAUCAAAAAAAAGAAGAUAUACGAAAGGUGAAAAUCAAAAGGGACUUGCUCUGAUUCUUCAUUACACGAAAGGAAGAGAGGGCACAGAAGCUGAUUUAAGAAAUAUUCAGAACUUUUUUGAGAAGACGUUAAACUUUGAAUGUCAUGUGGAACAUGACACAACAAAACAAGAUUUGAUGGAGUUCCUGGAAGAAACAGCGGGACUAUUCAACAACAGACGUAAAGCAGCCGACUAUUAUUGUCUUCUAGUCUUCAUAAUGAGUCACGGAAACGAGGAGGGAAUUUUUACACAUGACGAGCAAACCAUAUCGCUUGACGAAAUCGUAGCUUAUUUCAAAAAUGACAAAUUAAAAUAUUUUGCAGGGAAACCUAAGUGUUUUUUUGUACAGGCCUGUCGCGGGAAAUCUCCUCAGGGUACGGUGGAUUUGUCUGAUGAUAAGGAGGAAGUUAUGAUAGAUCAAGUGGUAGGAAAGGUCUCGAUACCAACAGAUGCUGAUCUUCUGAUGGCUUACGCUACCACACCAGGCUAUUAUGCUUGGCGGAGGCCACAUCUAGGUUCCUGGUUUUUCCACAACGUGAUACAGAUUUUUAAGGACAACUAUCUGGAGGAACAUUUGGAAGACAUGCUAAUUGACGUGAAGGAGGCCCUGGCGUACGACCCUCAGUGGCAGACCAAUGCCGGCCACAAGCAAAUGCCGUGUACGUGGUCCACGCUGACCAAACGGUUCUACCUGGCACCGGGUCAGAGUCCCGAAUAACGACAGUACUCCAAAGCAAUUGCCAUAAAAACAAUGAUGUGUACUAAUGGACUAGUUAGUGUAUGCAUUUUUAAAGUGAACUGAAAUAAAUUUUAACAUACAAUA